UUCACAACUUCAGGGCUCGAUCUCAUAACUCAGCUCUCUCUCUCUCUCUUCUCUCUCUCUAAAAACUCAUCAAAAGAGCCCCAAAAAAAUACUAACCAGAAGAAUUAAGAAGAAGAAGAAGAAGAAACUUGUAAUCACCAUUAAUGGCGUCUCCGCCUGAUACGAGCAAAACUAUGAAGCUUGAACGCUACAACAGCUACUUACGGAGAGUCAACAGCACGAAGUUUCUCAACGCUUCGUCAAAGUUACUCUUCAGAGCAACUCUAUUGAUCGCUCUCGUUCUCAUACUCUUCUUCACUCUUAAUUACCCUCCGCUCACGACGGACAGCUCCGGCCACAGCCGUUUGCACACUCGCAAUAAUUUCCUGUCUUCCGCCUUCUACGGCAGCGGAGUCGGUGGCGCCGCCUGGGAGAAGCAGGUCCGCCACUCAUCGACUCCGCGUCGUGCCAACGGAAUGUCAGUUCUCGUCACCGGCGCCGCCGGAUUCGUCGGCUCGCACUGCUCGCUCGCCUUGAAAAAGCGCGGCGACGGCGUUCUCGGCUUGGACAACUUCAACGACUACUACGAUCCGUCGUUGAAGAAAGAUAGACAGGCACUCUUGGCCAGGCACCAGAUUUUCGUCGUCGACGGAGAUCUGAACGACGGUCCAUUGCUGUCCAAGCUCUUCGACGUCGUUCCAUUUACGCACGUGCUCCAUUUGGCUGCUCAGGCCGGUGUACGGUACGCAAUGCAGAACCCCCAAUCUUAUGUACGGUCAAACAUCGCCGGCUUCGUCAACCUCCUCGAGGUGGCCAAAGCCGCGAAUCCUCAACCUGCCAUAGUUUGGGCCUCGUCGAGCUCAGUCUACGGUCUCAACACCGAGAAUCCAUUCUCCGAGGGUCACCGUACCGACCAACCGGCCAGCCUAUACGCCGCCACGAAAAAAGCCGGAGAAGAAAUAGCCCAUACUUACAACCACAUCUAUGGGCUUUCCAUAACGGGCCUGAGAUUCUUCACCGUUUAUGGGCCCUGGGGUAGACCCGACAUGGCCUACUUCUUCUUCACCAAGGCCAUCCUCCACGGAAAACCAAUCGACAUAUACCAGACGCAGGACGACAAAGAAGUGGCGCGUGACUUCACGUACAUAGACGACAUCGUGAAGGGAUGCCUGGGAUCGCUCGACACGGCGGAGAAGAGCACCGGUAGCGGCGGCAAGAAGAAGGGUCCGGCUCAAUUGAGAGUGUACAAUCUGGGGAACACGUCGCCGGUGCCGGUGGGGAAGUUGGUUUCGAUACUCGAGUCGCUCCUGAACACCAAAGCCAAAAAGCACGUGAUCAAAAUGCCUCGAAACGGCGACGUUCCGUACACACACGCGAACGUGAGCUUGGCGUUUAGAGAUUUCGGGUACAAGCCAACCACGGAUUUGUCCACUGGUCUGAGAAAGUUCGUAAAGUGGUACGUUAGUUAUUAUGGGAUUCAGACGAGGGUAAAAAAGGAAAUUAAUUUGCAUCCCGAGGAAUCCGCUUGAUUUAUCAUCAUCCACAUGGUUUUAAUUUUAAUUUUUUUUUAAUAUUAUUAUUACUUUUAAAAAAAAAAAGUUAUUAUUGUGGUCCCGGAUGCACUGGAUCAUAUUUGCUGCACCCAGCUGUUGUUGUAGAAUAUAGAUAUAAACUCCAUAUAGAAGAAGAUAAAUGUGAAGAAAAAAACCAAAUUGGAAAGAAAGAGAAGUGUAGAUCUAUGGAUUGGGUGAGGGAGGGUGUAAUAAUUUUGGGUGGGGUCUACUAGAAAGGGUGUAGAUCUCAACCAUUGGAUUGGUAUUAAUCAUUAUUAUUAUAUAAAAAAAAAAAAGGAAAUUGAACAGUUUUAUCAAGAA